GCCCUCUUCGGAUCACUUUUUGUUCUCCCUCUAACGAAAAUCUUUUCAUCGGAAGGAAUAUAAAGAUUCACUUGGUCCCAAAUCUUGCUUUCUGUUACAGUGAUUUUUCUUCUAGCUCCAACUAGGGUUUACCUCAAAGAUCUAGGGUAUAAUUUGCGCCAUGGAUUUUUCUCCCUUGAAAGAAGCCAUAGAGGCAAAAUCAUAUGAAAAGAUCGCCGAUAUUUGUGAUGAACUCAUGCUUCAGGUUACUUCACAAGGCAUUGCAUAUCAAGAGGAGUGGCCUUACGCUAUUCAUCUUCUAGGUCAUAUUUACGUCAAGGAUAUCAAUAGCGCUAGGUUUUUAUGGAAAUUGAUUCCAUCAAAUGUCAAAGAGAAUCAGCUGGAGGUGGUAGCUGCUUGGAAAAUUGGGCAGCAAUUGUGGCUACGAGAUUAUGCUGGCGUUUACGAAGCUAUUCGUGUAUUUAAUUGGAGUCCUGAGGCUCAAGGUCUUGUGAAUUCCUUCUCAGAGAUCUAUACCAAUAGGAUGUUCCAGCUACUGCUAUCUGCAUAUUCCACAAUAAGCAUAAAGGAUACUGCUCUCUUUCUAGGAAUGAGCGAGGAAGAUGCCACCAACUAUGCGGCAGAACAAGGUUGGCUCGUGGAUUCUGCUUCAGGGAUGCUGAUUGUGAAGAAGCAGCACGUUGUGAAAGAGCAGAAGCUAGAUCAUACUAAACUACAACGCUUAACUGAAUAUGUCUUCCACCUUGAGCAUUAGUCUUGGCUCUUGAUAGCAAUGAGUCAUCCUCCGUACCCCUAUAAUUUCUGGAAAUGGUAGAUUUUUGAGUGGCUGCAACCUGAUAUGCUUUUUCAUUGUUGUUUCAUCAUGAAUAUAUACAUUUGCAGUUACUUUCCUGUAGUCAGUCACUGGGAAUUAUCCUGAAAAACAUAUUUUAACUUUGAUGUAAAUAACCAAGCGUUUGAAUGAUGAUUUUGUUUAUCAAAUGAAAAGAUGAAGGUUUGGAUGCCA